CCAUGUGAUUUUUAACAUAUGGUUAUGGGAAUUAUAAGCGGUUCGGAAGAUCUACAUAAGGUAUGUGCUCGUGUCCGAUCAUCUGGACAUGUUUCGACCAUAGGAUCAUGAUCAAGGUGUCCACGAUACGUGUUGCAAUGGCAAAGGGGCGGAAAUUCGGAUUGAGCCAUCAUGAUCGUCUAUUAGGGAGUCAUGGUUACAAUCAAGAUCAGCCUAACGGUGCCGAUCACUCCGAGCUGGCCGAAGAAGAUGUGUGGUCCAUUGUCAAUGAUGGAAUUGAUCACGAACACGCCAUGCAAACGGCCGGGAGUUCGCGCCAAUAUGAAAUGCGUGGAGAUCCGAUGGUCAGGAAUAGGCGCUGGGCCGCCGCCACAGGAGAUCGCCACGUGGGCGGGUUGUCAUUGGCUUUCGAAGAUACGGGCAAGACCUCAUCAAGGAUCGUACACCAAUUCAGCGGCCCGGAUGCGUCCAUGUUGUCGUCACGUGGGAACCACAUGGCCGCAUCCGCACCGGUGAACGUGCCCGAUUGGUCGAAGAUCCUCCGAGUCGACUCGGUCGAGUCAUUGCAAGAAGGGUACGAGAUGAUGAGCGAAGAAGAUGAGUGGGUCCCACCACACGAGUACCUAGCACAGAGCCGUAGGAGUGCGGCCCACUCUGUUUUCGAAGGGGUGGGCCGUACGCUCAAGGGCCGGGACAUGAGCCGGGUCCGGAACGCGGUGUGGAGUCGAACCGGUUUCUUGGGUUGAAUUUUGAGGGGAACCUUUGAUUAUUUUUGGCUGUUAUUAGGCCAUGUUGAUCUUCAAUUUUUGUAGCCGUUGAUGUCGAUCAGAAUUCCGAGGUGGGGUCCACUCACCUUGACCAUAUUCCAUGCAUGUGUGUCCAUCUUUUUGUAUCGAACUAGUGCGUAUAAAGUUCUCUCUUUUCUUCUCUCAA